ACAGCUGUUGUCGAAUUAACGUCAAAAGUUCCUUAUUUUUUUCCCAUUUUAUCUAGCCCUUUUAACAACCUUAACCUAAUCAUCCCAACCUGCUACGUUUAUGCUCCUAACAUGCUGCGUAAGUUCUAACCUACGAAAAGUGAAAUCUGACAAAAACUGUAUCCCGUCUAGUCAUAACCCUGAAAAUGCCCACAUUGGUGAAAUUGAAGGAGAAACUUAACGACUUCGACACUAGCUAGCUAGGUGCCGCGUGCGAUGAUCAGACAAAUGUGCCUGCGCUGUAGAUGGUAACGUUUGGUCAGGGAGGCACUGCAUAGCCAGCUGUGACUGUAUUGCUAUAACUAGCUAAUGCAGCUUCAAAUAAUCAAUGCACUUUCAUUUGCUCGCAGUAGCAUUGCUUUCCCUCGCAGAUUAACAAAACAGAUUGCCUAUCCCUCCCAUCUGGUUGACUACAGCUCACCUGUCAAAGUAAUGUCAACUGCGUCUGUGGAGCCAGUACGAUCUAUUGGCAAAUCUAAGCCUGCAGAAGGCGUCUGGAGCCUGCAUCAUAUGAAGGGGGACCUGUUCUCCUGUCCUGAAGAUGAGGCCCUGGCGCACUGUAUCAGCAAGGACUGCCACAUGGGGGCUGGAAUCGCAGUUAUGUUCAAGAAGAAGUUUGGUGGAGUUGCUGCGCUAAAGGAACAGAAGAAGGUGCCAGGGCAAUGCGCUGUACUGAAAGGACACAAACGUUUUGUGUACUACCUGAUAACAAAGGAAAAGUACAGCAACAAGCCAACCUAUGACAGCCUGAGGCAGAGCCUUGAGGACAUGAAGUUUCAUUGCUUGAAAAACGGAGUAACGGCUAUAUCAAUGCCUCGCAUUGGCUGUGGCCUUGAUCGACUGAGCUGGGACAAAGUGGCAAAGAUGCUUGAGAAGAUAUUCCAGCCCACCGGUAUCCAUAUCACUGUGUACACCCUCCCUGUAAAAACAACGGGGAAACCAAGUCCACGGGGAAACUAAGUUUCCAUUGAUGUUUUCUGUAAGACAAAAUGAAGUUAAACUCACAGACCAUAUAUCAGCAUACUGGUAUGCACCUGUAUAAAGUCUGCCGAAGGUUGUACUUUUGAAAGGGAAUAAAGGACACUUUUCCUUAAAAUAAUACCCCCUCCUCAUCUCUACUUUACCCCUGUGUUUAAUUGUUCUAUGAAAUUACAUGUUCAUAUUUUGCACUUCAAUUACUGUCCUAUACAGUAGCGAAAUCAUAUUCAUAGGAAUGCUCUCCACCAGAAGGGGGCACUAAUUAUUUUCUCCACAUCACUUGAGUGACGUGUUCUGUGCUGCUGUUUGUCAUAUGCUGAUUUUAAAUACCCUGUAAUGCACAAGUUUUUUACAUGAGCAUGAAUAAUAAAAAGUAAAUGGUGAUUUUAAUUUCACAAGAUAAUAAAAUGAAAUCUGUUUUACACCUUU